UAAUUUUGUAUCAUGUGUGAAAAAAGAAAAUACGGAAAUCUCCACCUACCAACUAAACCACUAGCAAAAUCAUCCAAUCCGUUUCGUCUCUCUCUCUGCUUGCACACAGUUAUCGAGCUCCAUGUCCAGUCAGCAAGAAAUGUCUCUCGUCACGGCGAAUCCUCCGGUCAACGUCGAUCAAAUCUUCCCCGAGGUUGAUAUGACCGGCGGCGACUCAUCUCCCAACGUCCGAGCAACCGUCGUCCAGGCCUCUACCGUCUUCUACGAUACUCCCGCCACUCUAGAUAAAGCAGAGAGGCUGCUUGCAGAGGCGGCGGCGGACCAUGGCUCCCAGCUCGUGGUGUUCCCGGAGGCGUUUAUCGGCGGAUACCCUCGUGGCUCUAGCUUCGAGCUUGCCAUUGGUGCUCGUACCGCCAAAGGAAGAGACGAUUUUCGCAAGUACCAUGCUUCUGCUAUUGAUGUUCCUGGCCCUGAAGUGGAACGAUUAGCUGAAAUGGCGAAGAAGUACAAAGUGUUCUUGGUGAUGGGUGUGAUAGAGAGGGAAGGCUAUACGCUAUACUGCACUGUCCUCUUCUUUGAUCCACAAGGUCAGUUCUUGGGGAAGCACCGGAAACUCAUGCCGACGGCUCUCGAACGUUGCAUCUGGGGGUUCGGAGAUGGUUCGACGAUCCCCGUUUUCGACACUCCCAUCGGGAAAAUCGGCGCUGCUAUCUGUUGGGAAAAUAGGAUGCCGUCUCUAAGAACCGCCAUGUAUGCCAAAGGCAUUGAGAUCUAUUGUGCACCCACUGCUGAUGCUAGAGAGACUUGGCUAGCAUCGAUGACUCACAUCGCUCUUGAAGGUGGUUGUUUUGUGUUGUCAGCUAACCAAUUUUGUCGCCGGAAAGAUUAUCCUCCUCCGCCGGAAUACUUGUUUUCCGGCUCAGAAGAGAGCCUCACACCGGAGUCUGUUGUCUGCGCCGGUGGAAGCUCUAUCAUUUCACCUUUGGGAAUUGUUCUAGCUGGACCAAACUAUGAAGGAGAGGCUCUUCUCUCUGCUGAUCUAGAUCUUGGGGACAUAGCACGAGCCAAGUUUGACUUUGAUGUGGUCGGUCACUACGCGAGGCCUGAAGUUUUUAGCUUGAACAUAAGGGAGUAUCCGAGAAAAGCGGUCAGCUUCACGUCCAAGGUAACAACCAAAGACGAGACCGUCGUCAACAAAUGAACUUUCAACGUCAAGAUUUGUUGGACUAUUAUUAACUGUAUUGAGUUUGUCUUUUGUUCAUCGUCUAUAUUGUUGUUUCGUCUCGUUCCAUCUUCAUGUUUAUACAUAAAAUUAGUGAUUCAAUAACUUGUUACGAUUACAAAUUAGUGAUUCAAUAACUUGUUGUUUCGUCUCGUUCUAUCUUCAAGUUUAUACAUAAAAUUAGUGAAUUAAAACCCAA